ACAACAACAACAACAACCACAACAACAAAAAAUAGAAUCCCACCAGGAAUAUUCAUAUCUAUAAAUAAUGAUUCAUUUAUUAAAUCAAUAGUGAUUAAACAUUUUUCUUUUGGAUUUAUAUUUUCUUUGUAUAUAAGAAAAAAAUAACAACCGGACAAGGGGUGGGGAGUAUGGUAAACAUUUUAUAUUAAGCACUAUGGAAUUUAUAUUUAUAUUAUGUGGAUAUUCAAAUUAAGAUUACAUAAUCAUUCUUUAAAAAAAAAAGUGAUCAAUAAACUAGUAACCAAUUUUGAAGAAAAGAAAAUUGAUUCUUUUUCUUUUUUUUCUUUUUCUUCUUUUUCUUGUUCCUCUUUUUCUUCUUCUUCUUCUUCUUCUUCUUGUUGUUUAUAUUCAAGUUAUUGUUCCAGAAUAUUCUACUUCUAUAAUGUUCUUUAAAUAAUUAAAAUAUUAUUAUACAUCAUAUUCAUAUUCAUAUUGAUAUCAGUUUGAAUGAAUCAAAUGGAUUAAAUUUAAACAAUUUAUCAUUUAAAAUAAUCAUUGAAUAAUUAAUUGAUUCACCUAGCAACUAUCAUACAACUAAUUAUUAGACUAUUCAAUAAAAGAGUAUUACUAUUGAAUAAAUUCAAUGGAUUAAUAUGGAAGUUGAACUAACUUUGGAAUGAUUACUAUUACUAUUAGUACUACUACUACUACUAAUACCACUAAUACUACUACUAUCCCUACCACUACUACUACUGGUAGUACUAUGAUAGCGAUGAUGGUGAUGAACAAGUAGAUGAUGGUCAUGUAUAAUAGAGGAAAUAUAAUUUUUAAUUUUAAUUUAUUAUUUUAAUAAUAAUAGUAAUAAUAAUAAUAACCAUAAUGAGUGGAUCUAGACGUGGUCUUGUAGCACCACAGAAUACAUUUUUGGAUAAAAUAAUCAGAAGAUGUAAUGGUCAAUUUUAUAGUUUUGUAUUGGCAAAUGCACGUAUUGUUGAUUAUCCAAUUGUUUAUUGUAAUGAAGGUUUCUCACGAUUAACUGGUUAUAGUCGUGUUGAAAUUAUGCAAAAAAGUGGAAGUUGUGCAUUUUUCUAUGGUGAACAAACAACAAAAGAUAUGCGUGAACGUUUAUUAAAAGCAUUAGAUACUCAAACACCGGAUCAAAUUGAAAUGUUAUUUUAUAAAAAAAAUCGUUUACCAUUUUGGUUACUUGUAUGUGUUGCACCAGUUCGUAAUGAAUGUGAAGAAGUAGUACUAUUUCUAUUGGCCUUCAGAGAUAUCACAGCGUUGAAAACACCAUUUGAUGAUGAAGAUACUGUUAAAGGUUUAAGUAAAUUUGCUCGAUUAGCACGUUCAGUUACACGAAAUCGUUCAGUUCUACAACAAUUAUCAGCAUCACAAACAUCAGCACAAAAUUCUGCAUUAACUGUAUAUCGUAGUAAUCGAUUAACCGUGUGCAGUGGUGGCGGUGGUGGUGGUGGUGCUGAUAGUACUAGUGGUGCAAUUAAUGAUGAUACAGAAGUAUCAAAUCAAAUGGAACAAUAUAAUUCACCAAGUUUAUCAAAUUUUCAAAAUUUAAACACAAGUUCAAGUUCACGAUUUCAUGAUUCAUCAAAAUCCGAUCCAGAAAAAGCGGUAAUGUCCACUUCAUCAUGGUUGGAUUUAGUACCACAAUAUAAACAAGAAGCACCAAAAACCCCACCUCAUAUUAUAUUACAUUAUGUUGCAUUUAAAACAACAUGGGAUUGGUUAAUAUUAUUUUUAACUGGUUAUACAGCAGUAAUGGUACCAUUUAAUGCAGCAUUUAAAAGUAAAACAAUGGAUGAUGUUAGUUUAUUAGUUGUGGAUAGUAUUGUUGAUGUGAUAUUUUUUAUAGAUAUUGUAUUAAAUUUUCAUACAACAUUUGUUGGACCAAAUGGUGAAGUAAUAUCUGAUGCUACUAUUAUACGUAUUAAUUAUUUAAAAGGAUGGUUUAUAGUAGAUGUAUUAUCAUGUUUACCAUAUGAUGUAUUUAAUGCAUUUCAACCGGAAGCAACACAAAGUACAAUUAGUUCUUUAUUUGGUGCAUUAAAAGUUGUACGUUUAUUACGUAUUGGUCGUGUUACACGUAAAUUAGAUCAAUAUUUGGAAUAUAUGGCAGCUAGUUUAUUAUUAAUGAUAUCUGGUUUUGUUUUAUUGGCUCAUUGGUUAGCAUGUGUAUGGUAUAGUGUUGGUCAAACUGAUUUAAAAAAUGGUAUUUAUUAUGGUUGGAUACCAAGAUUAUUAAAUGAUAUUGAUCAAGGUAAAACUACUCCAACGAAUUGGACUAGUGGUAAUCCACCACUUCCACGUACAAUGACUUAUGUAACAUCAUUAUACUUUACAUUAUCAUUAAUUACAAGUAUUGGUUUUGGUAAUGUAUCAGCGACAACAUUUGGUGAAAAAUUAGUUGCAGCGGUUUUUAUGCUUAUUGGAGCAUUUGGUUAUGCUACUAUAUUUGGUAAUGUGACAACAAUAUUUCAAGGAAUGUAUGCAACUCGUUCAAGAUAUCAUGAUAUGAUGGCAUCUGUGAAAGAUUUUAUUAAAACACAUAGUGUACCAAAAGAUUUAGCUGAACGUGUUAUUGAUUAUGUUACAUCAACAUGGGCUAUUACUAAAGGAAUUGAUACAGCUAAAGUAUUAAAUUAUUGUCCAAAAGAUAUGAAAGCUGAUUUAUGUAUACAUUUAAAUCGUAUGGUAUUUAAUGAACAUCCAGCAUUUCGUUUAGCUAGUGAUGGUUGUUUAAGAGCAUUAGCUGUUAAUUUUAAUACCAUACAUACAGCACCAGGUGAUUUAAUAUUUCAUCAAGGUGAAAGUAUUGAUCAAUUAUGUUUUGUUGUUUCUGGUUCAUUAGAAGUUAUUCAAGAUGAUGAAAUAGUUGCAUUUUUAGGUCGUGGUGAUGUAUUCGGUGAACCAUUUUGGAAAGAUCCAAAUAGUAUGAGUCAUUCAGCGGCAACAGUUCGUGCUUUAACUUAUUGUGAUUUACAUUGUAUUAAAAAAGAUUGUCUAUUACAAGUAUUAAAAUUCUAUUCUGCAUUUGCAAAUAGUUUUGCUCGAAAUUUAGUAUUAACCUAUGAUUUAAAAACACGUCUUAUAUUUCGUAAAUUAGCAGAUGUUCGACGAGAAUAUGAAUUAGCUGAACAUCGUAAAACUGAUAAUGCAUUAUCUAGUUUACGUGCUGAUCAUCCAGUUCGUCGAAUGAUUCAUAAAUUUCGUCGUAUAGGUACACAUAAUCAAUCAACUAAUGAUUCACCAAUAGGUAGUAAUAGUGGUGGUUUAGGUUUACAAGAUAAUGAUAUAAUACGUAUUACACGUAAAUCUAUUACAUUAAAUGAUUAUGAUGAUUAUAAUAAAGAUUUUGAAUUGAAUGAAGAUCAUGAAGAUCGUCUUCGAAUUCAAGGAAAAUUAGAUAGUCCAAGUACAUCUACUAUGAAUAGUACUAUUAACAAUAAUAAUAAUAAUAAUAAUAAUAAUAAUAAUAAUAGUAAUCCUGUUAGUGUAUUAGAUGAAAUUGCAUCACGAUGGGGUAAACGUAUAGAAUUAAAAAACAACAAUAAUUAUAAUAAAACAUCUACUUCAGAUUCAAUUCAACAAAUAACUCCAUCUAAUAAAGAGUCCCCUAGUAACACAAUUACUAUGACAACAAAUGCUAAUAAUAAUAAUACUAAUAAUAUCAAUGAUAAUCAAUAUUCACGAUCAUUUCUACAAUCGAAAUGGGGUAAUUUAUUAAAAACAUCAAUCAUACCUGAAGAACAACAACGACAACAACAGCCACCACCACCACCAUCAUCAUCAUCAUCACAACAACAACAAUCUAAAUUAAUUGUUUCCAAUCAAAAUAAAAUCAAUAAUAAUAAUAACAAUAAUGAUAAUCAUCAUCAUAUUCAAUUGAUGAUUAAUAAUCAAUCAAAAUUAAUAAAUGAUCAUUUUGAACAUUUACAAAUAAUCAAUAAAUCAAUAUUAGAUUAUUUAAUGAAUAUACAAAAUGAAUUUAAAUUAGAAAUGAAUCAUUUAAUAAAACGUAUAAAUGAUAUUGAUAAUCGAAUAGGUCAAAUUGUUUCUAAUAUAGAAUAUAAACAAUACGAUAAUAAUAAUAAUAAUAAUGAAUUACAACAAUCUUGGGAAGAUCAUCAUCAUCAGCACCACCCCCACCAUCCUCAUCAAGAAAAAGAAGAAGAACAACAACAAUGUUGGGAACAUCAUGACCACCAUCACCAUCACCACCAUCAAUUUCGUCCUCAUCCUCAUCAUCAACAAGAAGAAGAAGAAGAACGACAACAACAAGUACAUCAUCAGAAACAUAGUAAAUAUAAUAAUAAUAAUAAUAAUAUAGGUAAAUUCAUUAAAACAGUAUUUACAUCAUCCCCCUUAACAUUAUCUGAUAUAUCUACCUCAUUUAAAUCAAAUCGUACUUCCAGUUUAACUAUAUCUAAUAAAAUACAUCCAUUAGCUAAUUCAAUUGAUUCUAAAUUAAAUCAAACCAUCAUAGCAACAACAAUAACACCACCACCACCACCAACAGCAACGAAAACAAAAACAAAAAGAAGCAUAAAAGGAAUAAGAACAACAAGAACAAGAACAAGAACAAAAAGUAUCUCUUUAAUAAAUCCACAAUCAUCAUGUCAAAAAAUUCAUGAUCAAAAUAUAAAAUUAAAUAAUUUAACAUUAAAUAAAGAAUUGAAUAAUAAAUAUAAUAUACCAAGGCAAUGUAUAUCACAAUAUUAUAAACAAUAUUCAAUUGAUAAUGAUAGUCAAUUAGAAUCAUAUUCAACAGAAAGUGAUAUAUCAUUUAUGAAUUUAGAAGGAGAACAACAAGAACAAGAACAACAACAACAACAACAAUCAUCAUCAUCAUCAUCCUCGACGACAACAUCCACAACAUCGUCAUCAUCAUCAUCAUCCUCCAAAAUUAUUUUAGCUAAACCAAUACAAACUACUUAUUUUUCUACUCAUUUCAUGAAUACUAUCAGUACAACAACAACAACAACAACAACAACGACAUGUUUAAUCAAUCAAACAAGUCAAUCAUUAAUCAAUUAUAAUGAUUCAUUAUCACCAUUCAUAUAUCAUAGAAAUCAAUCAAUAUUCAAUCAUUUUAAUGAAACACAAUUCAUUAAUCGUAAUCCAUUCAUUUAUUCUAUUGGAAAUAUGACACAAUCAAUGAUUGUAUCGGAUAGUUUAAUUAAUCAAUUACCAAGGAAUGUAUUAUACACUACUACUACUACUACUGCUACUACUAGUACUACAAAUGGAUCAUCAAUGAUGAUAACCGAUACAAAUACCUAUGUGCCUAAUUCUUCUUAUUUAAUGUCUAUAACUACUACUACUACUACUACUACUAAUAAUAAUAAUAAUAAUAAUAAUAAUACUACAAAUACUACUAUUAAUAAUCGAUUAUCUAUGAAUAAUCGAUGGAAUACACAAUCAGAUAUAUUGAAUACACGAUUAUUUAUUCCAGAAUUAUCAUCUCUAAUGAGUACUGCUAUAACAACAACUUCAACCACCACCAUGACCACCACCACAACAACAACAACAACUAUAAUAUCAACAUCAACACCUUAUCCACUUCCAACAACAACAACAUCACAAUAUAUUCCUUCAUCAUUGAAUCAAAGAUCUCAUAUUAUUCAUACUAAUAAAUGGAAUCAAUCUAGGGAUUUCAAUUUAACUAAACAUUAGAAAUCAAGAUAUACAUAUAUAUAUUUAUUUUAUUUUUUAUCGAUUAUGUUAUUCUCUUUUAUUUUAUUCUUCUUUUUGUUUUUUCCUCUUUUUUUCCCAUACAAGUUUAUUGUAAAUUCUUUUCUCUUUUUUCGCUUUUUUUCUCCCGUUUUUCUUUUUUUUCGCUGUUUCUCUCUCUUUUUUUUUCUAUUUCAUUUUAAUUAACCAAUCAAUAAAUUAAUGAAUGAUUACAUAAUAUUUUUUUUUGUUUUUUAAUAAAUAAUCAAUGAAAUGGAUACAAAUUUGACAUGCAUAUUUUUUCCUAAUGAAAAUAAAUUUUGAUUUAAUUUAGGUGUACAAAGUUCAUCUAGACAUGUACGUAUGCACGCAUACACAUACACAUACACACGCACACACAAACAUACAUACGCACAAACAUAGCAACAACAAGGACAACAACAAGAAGAAGAACAAGAACGAGAAUAACAACGAUGAAAAUGAUCUGAUACCAUGGUGAAAUGAAACAUUGAAGAUGUGUUUUUUUUUGUCGUUGUUGUUUUCUUAGGAUUUCCUUAAAUAAAUAACUGUUUGUUACUAAGAGAAAAAGAAAAAAAUUAAUUCCACAUUGAAAUUGUAUAUAUAUAUAUUAUCUAAUGAAAGUUUAUUUUACAUUUUAAAAAAGAAAAAAAAAGAAGAAGAAACAAAACAGAACCAUAAUUGAGAAUACUUUUCUUCCUCAUUUAUUUAUUUGUUUAUGGGUUGUUGUUUUGUUUGUUUGUUUGUUUUUUUAAUUCAUGAAUGAAAUGGUUAUCCAUUUGGAAAUUUAUAAAUAAAUAAACAUCUUAGUCAGUUAGUUAGUUACAACGUAGGACCAGGCGCAUAUAUGCAUCGGUCCAAAUUGCCAUACCGCAUUAGCACAACAACAUGAACACCGGAUUCAUAGAAGUAGUUAAUUCAGUGGUGGUAAUAUAUAGAAGAAAGAGUGUGUAUAAGGAGAUAGUACAGGAAGAUAGAAUUAGUUCGUAGAAAGAAAGAUUUGAAGUGAUUUUAAUCUCUUAGUUUA